AUGGCCCUGGGCGAGGACAGCUGUGUUGAAGCAACCAGCCUGGCCCAGGGCAAGCCCGGCCCCGGCUCAUUGUGCUCGCCUCACGCCAGCCCGAGUCGGCGGCAGCGCUGGAGGUCCCGGGCCGGUGACCACAAAGAGGGAGCCGGGGGCCGGACGGGAGCGCGGCGGCGGCGGCUGAGGCCCAGGCCAGGCCCCCUCCCCUCAGCCUCCCGCCCGCCCGCACGCCUGCCCCGCCCCCGCCGGCGGCGCCCCGCCCCUCCCCUAACCGCCAGACUAGCCUGGUGCGGGGGCCGCGCGCGAAGACAUGGGGGAGAAGUUGGAGCUGAGGCUGGAGUCGCCCGUGGGGGCCGAGCCCGCCAUCUAUCCGUGGCCGCUGCCAGUCUACGUUGUGACAGAAAUAAAGUUUACAGAAGUCGUGUUCCUGCGAUAAGAAAUAAAGAUGUGACCUUCCAGUUGUGUAAAGCUCUUAAAUGCUGUGUAAGUGCGUCGGGUGUGCUAAGGAACCUGGAGCUAAAUGGGCUAGUUCUGAGAGAGAGAGCCUUAACUAUGUUAAUAAAGGAAAGAGAUUCAUCUAUCACACAGUUACUCAAGGUUUCUCUACUUGCAUUGCCAAGGAUCUUCAUAAAACUGGUAAUACUCACAUUUUCUGUUGGAAGGAGAAUCUUGGUACCAGGACCGCAGAAUGAAGAACUUGGAGUUCCCGUGGCUAAUCCAGCCGAGGGAAAAGGAGAAACACAGACGGGAGAGAAAAUAAAGGGAACCCUUGGUGCAAUUUGGUGCUGCUGCAGGCCCAAGUCCAGAUUUCUGUGUAUGUGUCCCCCCAUGAUGAAAACUUCAUUAAAAUAAAAUCUCAUGAAUAGACUCUUAAGAAGCAGAGUCUACUUGAAGUCCUGGAAAAUGUGAAAGCACUAAUAUUCCUGGACAACUCUACACUCUGAAAGUUACUGCAAAUUUUGCUGAUGUCUAUUUUGUCUAGGAGUUUUUCAAAUUUUCUACCAUGAUCAUUUGUUAGUUUUAUCAUUACAUAAUAAAGGCAUUACAUCAUACAA